GCCAAGCGAAAUCGGGCUACAAGAAUGCGGCAACAUAUGCUCCUGAAACACAACGCCUUGUUUGCAAUGGUAUGCAAAGUAUGAGCGGUCCAAGAUGGCGGCCGCAUUUCUUGUGCCCAGCAGCCAAAGCUGCGUCUGCUCUUAAACAUAUGCCGCGUCCAUCUAAAGCAUCAAAAGCAGCAAAGCAGCGCUAUGCUGCUAGGCUGAAAAAAGAUGCAGACCAGUGUGAAGCUUUCGAGGAGGCCAUGGCGGAGGAGGAGAUGCUCAGAGUUUACAAUGGUAUUGACAUGAGUAACCACAUGGAGGUCUUCACCACCCUCUUCAACAAUGUAAGCAGCUCCCCAGCAUCGCUCCGACUCCUGUCCAUCCUCCAGACCUUGUUGCUGCUGGAGCCUGAGAGAUGUGAUCUCUGGCAGGCCUUGGAUAGCCUCACCAACAGAGCCAUUCUGCUGGCCCAAGACUCUCAGAUGGAGUCGUGUGAGAAGAUCAUGCGGCGGCUGGUGUUCUCUAAGGGCAGGAGCAGCGUGGGUCAUAAUGAGGUGGACAGCCCGCCGGUCCGGAAGGUGGACAAGGCUGUCCAGACCCACGUGGCUGACGGCGACGAAGCAAGUCUCCCUAAAAGACCUACAACUGCCCAGUUGCCCCCUUGCUUCGCAACACAACCACCACCACCACCACCACCACCACCACCUCUGCCCCCAUUUAUGGGAGGCGGUGUGCCCCCUGGCGCAAACCAGGGCCCCCCUCAACUUACGAAUCCUCCUCCACCCCCCCCUCCUCCUCCACCUCCUCCUCCUCCUCCACUGCCAGGUAUAAUGGCUGGACCCCCGCCUCCUCCACCCUUACCAGGCUUCACCGGCCCCGGUGCACCUCCUCCUCCACCACCUCCUCCUCCCCCUCCUCUACCAGGAGGUGGCAUCGGUCCACCACCACCACCACCGGCCCUACCCGGCAUGCCCCCCCCGCCGCCCCCACCCCCCGGCGGGAUCGUGGCUACCUGCAUCCUGAACCUGGGAGCAGACUCCAGUGAAUAUGUGGGUACAAGUUUUUGAAUGUGGGAGUUAUAGCCCCAAACGCGUCUUUCCUAGGUAUAGC